AUGGAGCUGGGAGGGGCCUUCACCAUCUUUCUGGCACUCUCCUUGUCUUGCCUACUUAUCCUCAUUGCCUGGAAAAGGAGACACAAGGGGGGGAAGCUGCCCCCUGGUCCCACACCAAUACCUUUCCUGGGGAACCUGUUGCAAGUCCGUACUGAUGCCACUUUUCAGUCUUUCAUGAAGCUCAGGGAGAAGUAUGGCCCAGUCUUCACUGUGUACAUGGGUCCACGGCCUGUAGUUGUUUUGUGUGGACAUGAGGCAGUGAAGGAGGCCCUGGUAGACCGAGCUGAUGAGUUCAGUGGCCGUGGAGAACUGGCUUCAAUAGAGCGAAACUUCCAAGGUUAUGGUGUAGCUCUGGCUAAUGGAGAACGAUGGAGGAUUCUCCGACGCUUCUCCCUGACCAUUCUUCGGGACUUCGGGAUGGGAAAACGGAGCAUUGAGGAGCGGAUCCAGGAGGAGGCUGGCUUCUUACUAGAAGAAUUACGGAAGACCAAGGGUUCCCCCAUCGAACCCACCUUCUUCCUGAGCCGCACUGUCUCAAAUGUCAUCAGUUCUGUCGUCUUUGGAAGCCGCUUUGACUAUGAAGACAAGCAGUUCCUGAAGCUGCUGCAGAUGAUCAAUGAGAGUUUCAUUGAGAUGAGCACACCCUGGGCCCAGCUAUAUGACAUGUAUUCUGGAGUCAUGCAAUAUUUGCCAGGAAGACACAAUCGCAUCUACUACUUGAUAGAGGAGCUCAAGGACUUCAUUGCCUCGAGGGUCAAGAUCAACGAAGUAUCUCUUGACCCACAAAACCCUCGGGACUUCAUUGACUGCUUCCUCAUCAAGAUGCACCAGGAUAAAAAUAAUCCCCACACGGAGUUCAAUCUCAAGAACUUGGUCCUCACCACUCUCAACCUCUUCUUUGCGGGCACAGAGACUGUGAGCUCUACACUACGUUAUGGAUUGCUGCUAAUGAUGAAGCAUCCUGAGGUGGAAGCCAAGAUCCAUGAAGAGAUUGACCAGGUGAUUGGACCACACCGAAUCCCAAGUGUGGAUGACCGAGCCAAGAUGCCCUACACAGACGCUGUGAUCCAUGAGAUACAGAGACUGACAGAUAUCGUACCCAUGGGUGUCCCCCAUAAUGUCAUCCGGGACACUCAUUUCCGAGGCUACCUUCUGCCCAAGGGCACCGAUGUGUUCCCUCUACUUGGCUCUGUCCUCAAAGACCCCAAAUACUUCCACAACCCAGAUGCCUUCUAUCCCCAACACUUCCUGGAUGAGCAGGGCCGCUUCAAGAAGAAUGAAGCCUUUGUACCUUUUUCCUCUGGAAAGCGCAUCUGCCUGGGCGAGGCCAUGGCCCGCAUGGAACUCUUUCUGUACUUCACCUCCAUCCUUCAGAACUUCUCUUUACACCCGCUGGUGCCUCCGGAUGACAUAGAUAUCACACCCAGGGUCUCAGGCUUUGGCAACAUCCCUCCGACCUAUGAGCUCUGCCUCAAAGCCCGCUGA